UCCGGCCGGCGUCGCCAUAUUGGUGGGAGAGCGGAGCGGAGGGGAGGCAGCGAGCCGGUCCGUGUCCCCAGUCCCCGGGCCGCACCGCCAGCCGUCCCCAUGGCCACCCGGUCGGAGCGCGAGAAGUCGCAGAAGCAGAACGAGCAGCACCAGGCUAUCUUGUCCAAACUGCUGCGGGAGGAGGACAACAAGUACUGCGCCGACUGCGAGGCCAAAGGUCCAAGAUGGGCUUCUUGGAAUCUUGGUGUUUUUAUUUGUAUCCGGUGUGCGGGGAUCCACCGUAAUCUUGGUGUUCAUAUAUCACGAGUGAAGUCUGUUAACUUGGAUCAAUGGACACCAGAACAAAUACAGUGUAUGCAAGAUAUGGGAAACACCAAGGCUCAACUUCUGUAUGAGGCAAACCUCCCUGAACAUUUUCGGCGCCCUCAGACUGAUCAAGCUGUAGAAUUUUUCAUCAGAGACAAGUAUGAAAAGAAGAAAUACAUAGAUAAAAAUGUAAACAAUGGAGUAACGAUUAGCUCUGUUGCUGUGCCCUUGCCAUCAUCUCCUUCUUUAUCAAAUGCUGCUGAGAAGAGCAAACUGGAGAGAGAAAAAUACAAAAGGAAAGAAGAAAAGAAGGGGGCCAGAGAUCAAGAGAAACCUGUUGCUUUUGACAAAGUAAAAAUGUCACCUCCUCAUUCCAUAGGGCUGCCUCCAACCAUUCUCAACCUAACUGGAGAAGAACUUCCUGCUGAGAAGGAAAGCGUUGUUACUGCAACUCCUAAAAAAGAGCAAUUGGACACCAGAACAAGCCCUCAGAAGGUGACACAAUCCACCAUUGAUCUGCUAGGACUGGAUACACCUAUUGAAGCUCCUAUUACUAAUGGCAAUACCACUUCAAAUACAACCUUGAAUGAUGACCUUGAUAUUUUUGGCCCCAUGGUUUCUAAUCCUCUUCCAUCGUCAGAUGCACAGUUAAAUCAGCCAACUUCCACUAAACCAACAGGAGCAGCCUUAUCUGCAGCAGCAGGAGAUCUUGAUCUUUUCAUUGAACCAACCACAAAAUCAGAAGACUGUAAGAAACCACUGUCCAAGGAUUCCAUUUUAUCAUUAUAUGGUACAGGAACAAUGCAGCAGCAACAACAACAAGGCACUCCAGCUGCUGUGUUUAUGACACCUUCUCCAAUGCCAUUUGUUUCGCACUCUACGGCCAGCUAUCCUAAUUUCCCAAGCCUUGGAGCACCUAUGCCUGCUCCCACUGGCAUGAUGGGGAAUAUGAUGGGACAGUCGGUUGGAAUGAUGGGGCAGCCAGCAGGGAUGGUGGUUGGGAUUGGAAUGCCAAAUGGAUUCAUGGGUAAUGCACAAGCCGGUGUCAUCAGAGUUCCGGAGAAUGUGGUGGGUUCCCAAGGAGGAGUGGUGGGGAACUCAUACGGUGUACAGCCAAGCCAGCCACCACAGUGGAACCUUGGUCAGAUGAAUCAGCAAAUGGCAGGAAUGAAUAUAAGUUGCCCAAGUGGUGUGAUGAACUUCGGCCAGCCUGCAAGCACAAUGGGAGGAUGGACGGGUAGUCCUGCAGGCCAGACUCUCAGCACUCAGCUUUGGAAAUGAAGGAAGAUGAGAGCUGAUGCCCCACCUAAUAUGAUAAAUCAAUUCUGAAUUGCAUAACAGACUUGUUAUUUGAUCUAUGUGAAAGAAAGCUCUGGUUUGACUGCUAAUAUUACCUAGUUGAUCUAGAUCAUUCCUGGCAGUCUUGUUUAUUCAAUCUAAUGGUUAAGCUAUGGAAUAGCAGUUUCAGAACUUUUUCUCCCCCAUGUUUCUUUUUCUAAAAUCUGUCCACUGCAGGCUGCCUGAGCAGUUUAUAAUAACUUGUGAUGAUGUUGUUGCGUGACUUGUAGCUAGUACUUGUACAGCUAGGGAAAGGGGAAGUGAACUGUCAUUUUAGCAACUACCCUCCAAGAAUCCAGUACUCUUUGGGGGUGGGGAGGGGGGGAAUAAUCAGCAAAAGUCCCUGUAGCUGAAAAUUGUAUGAGCCAAUGUAUGUUAAAUAACAAAGUGUGUGUUACAAAGCUGUUCCUGGAAUCCCAACCAUCUUUUGUCUUCAUCCCAACCAUUAAUUUUGUUAUAAUAUUUUGAUGUGGAGCAAAUAAAGGAAAACAAAGUGAUGAGAACAAAAUAAAUCUGGAUGGUAGAGUAAAUGAUUUGAACUUUUGGUUGUGUUUAGAUCCCAGGAAUUGGAAACAACUCAGGUUUGAAGUUUUUUUUUACUGCCUAUUAUUUCCAGAGAUCCCUAAACCAUGUUGAUUAAUUUGUUGUGCAAACAUGUUAUUUCCGUGCAUAAAGCCCCUCAACCCCACAACUGAGUAAUCUGUAUUCCUUUUUAAAAAAAAGGUUAUCAGUAGAUUGCCUUAAAAAUCAAAGCAGUGCUAAUAUUGAAACACAAACUUAAACUUCAAAUCUGAUUUGAUAUAUUAACAAGUUGCACAAUACAGACAAAUAGGUAAUGGAUAGCCUGAAGUAUCCACUACAAAUCAAUUUUUAACAAAGCUUAAAUUCUCAUCUGUUUAAAACAUUGCUAGACGUAAUUGUGUAAGAGGUUGCAGUACUAUGAUAAAUUGCAACUGUUGGCUCUGUCAAAAAGUGAGCCGCCUAUAAAUGUUCAGUGUUGUGCCUAAGAGUAAUUUAUUUUAGGCAAUGGUCGAACUAUUCACCACAUACAAUGCAACCAAAUAUUGUAGCAUUGGUUCAAAUGAUGUAGAGAAUCUAACACAAUUCUAAAUUUAUCUUAAACUUUGAGCCAAUUGUGAGUGAAUGUCUGCCAAUGUUUUAAAAGGCUAGUGAAAGGAAUAUGUUUACCGUGUUUUAUUCCUUGUUUUAUGAUGCCCUUUUUCACCACAGUAAUCUAAAUGAGGACCCUCCUCAAGGAGAUAAAUCUAAUGUGAUAAUGAUGCAGCAACAAACACUUGAGGUCAGAAAUUCUACUAAUGAGCUCACCAGCCUGUGACUUGAUGCUUAUCAUCUUUGAAAAGCAGAAGGUCCCAGGCUGAUGGCACAGAUUUCAAAUUUGGGAUCAUUAAUUUCUUUUUUUUAAAAAAGUCCCAAUUUACAAAUUAUUGAUAUAUGUCACAGUUAUUUAUAGUUUUUAAAACUGUAUUGAUGGUAUAUAAUAGUGUUUAAAUAUCUAUUGUAAUAGGAAUGAUUUCUUUUGAAGCUGUUGAGCAUUAUAGCUUUGUUAAAUAUUAACUGCUGCUUUGUAAUAGAUACUUAAAGUGAAGGGUUAUCAAUUUAAAGCACCAAAUGUGAGCGGUAACCGUGUAGCACUUCUCAAUGUUGAAUUUCCCUUGAGCUACAUCCAGGUUUAUUACUGCGGCUGUGUUUACAUUAUAUGGUGCCUAGUAUAACAAAUAUGUUAUUUACCUGUAUUAAAUCAAUUAAACCACUAUCUGUUGUG